GCCAAUUGCGGCACAGUGGGCUGCGACCUUUCAUUACUCGAAUUCGACAGCUGUGCCGUUGGUCAAGGUGGCCGCCACAGUUCAUGGAACAUACAUACACCAGCAUCUCCUAGACACCUUGUCGCGAUGCUCAACGCUAUUCUUGUCUUCAACAACAAUGGCCAGCCCAGGUUGACCAAAUUCUACUCUCAACUGGAUACCGCAACGCAGCAGUCAUUACUCUCACAGAUCUUCACCCUAGUAUCUGCUCGGCCUGCAUCUGCCUGCAAUUUCCUGCCUUUGCCUCCUUUGCUGGCUCCUACCGGCAGCAGUACGUCGCCUGAUGCACCUACACAAAUCACAUAUCGGCAUUUCGCAACCUUAUACUUCAUAUUGAUCUCGACCUCUACAGAAUCCCCGCUUGCUUUACUUGACUUCAUUCAAGUCUUUGUCGAAGCACUCGAUAGACUUUUCGAAAAUGUGUGCGAACUAGACCUUAUCUUCGGCUUCGAGACACUACAUGCUGUGUUGAGCGAAAUGGUCCUCGGUGGUGUCGUGGUGGAGACGAGCCUGGACAAGAUUGUGGACGGAGUCAGGCUCAGCGAAGGUACCAAAGGCAAACGGAAGGCUGUCAAUUCUGGAGGUUCUGGGAGUUCACUCGGUAGAGGCAGCGGAUUUGCUGGCCUUGGUUGGGCGACGACAGGUCCUGGAAGCUGGAGGUGAACGAUAACGAACUAUCCAGGAGGUUGAACACGAUUGUCCUACACAUGUGAUAUGGCUUUGCGAUAUCACGAUGCAUGCAUGGCAAGCGGAAUAAUCGCAAAAGUUGGUGUGCUGCCAUCCAGCAGUCACUCUCUAUCACUGAUCCCGAAGUGCUGGAAAGUCGAUAUGUGACUCACUCAGCAGUGGUGAGAG